AUAUAUAUAUAUGCAUGUAGUUGAAUUAUUUGCCAGUCACUGAGGUAAUGUAGUAAGUAUGAGUUCUCUUAUAAGGGGCGAAACAUCACAAGAAAGCUAUGGUGUUCAAACAUGAGUGCAAUCAAGCAAGUUGCUAUUAGAUGUCUUUCAACAUCAAGUUUCUCCACAGCUGCUAGAGACAUUACAUAUACGGGUAUGUAUGAAACCACACAAGAUGAUGUCCUCAUGAAAGAGGUAGGAGAUUGCGGUGUGAUAAUUUUGAAUCGGCCCAAGGUAUUGAAUAGUUUGAAUCUGUCCAUGAUUAAAAAAAUCCAUCCUAUUUUGAAGCAAUGGGAAUCUUCAAAGAGAUUAGUAAUGAUAGAAGGGGCAGGUGAUAAAGCAUUCUGUGCAGGAGGUGAUGUUAAGUCUAUUACCACAGUAUUACAUGAACCAAACGGGGAGACUUUUGGGCAAGAAUUCUUUAGAAGAGAGUAUACCUUGAAUCAUUAUAUUAGUGUGUACAAGAAGCCUUUCAUAGCUUUCAUCAAUGGGAUAACCAUGGGAGGUGGUGUUGGAUUGUCUGUACAUGGCAAAUACAGAGUCGCUACAGAAAAGACACUCUUUGCUAUGCCGGAAACAAUGAUAGGACUGUUCCCUGAUGUCGGUGGAACUUACUUUUUGCCUAGACUGAAAGGAAAAUUGGGUCUUUAUUUGGGUCUAACAGGCCACAGAUUAAAAGGUGUUGAUGUGCUUCUUGCUGGGAUUGCGACGCAUUACGUGCCAUCAGAGAAACUCCCGGAUCUGAAGCAUGAUUUGUCAACAUCACCAAACGACAGCAUCAAUGACAUUUUGAUCAAAUAUCAGCCAAAGUUGAAUUGCGAAUUCAGCUUGGCGCCUCACAUGUCACAAAUAGAGCAUUGCUUCUCUGCUCCGACCAUUGAGGAGAUAAUCGAGAGACUAAAGGAAGACGAUUCGGAAUGGGCUCGGAAGAACGUGGAGAUACUAUUCCAAAUGUGCCCGUCCUCUCUUAAAGUGUCAAAGAAAGCAAUCGACGAAGCGAAAGAAAAAUCUUUAGCGGAAUGUUUGAAAAUUGAAUAUAGAUUGGCGUAUACCGCGCUAGACAAAGCGAGCGACUUUUACGAAGGUGUGAGAGCUCUCUUGAUCGACAAAGAUCAAAAACCGAUGUGGAAACCUAGCACUUUGGCUAAUGUCACAAAUGAAUAUAUUAAUAAACGAUUCGCACCGUUACCUGUCGAGUUGGAAUUAGAAUUGAGUGCGAGUAAACUGUGAGAACUGAGGAAUGUACUUGGCAAACAAUGGAUUAUUAUUGAAACCAUUAUUAAAUAUUAUUGUUAUACAUAAUUUUAUACUCAAAAGUCUAUUAAAAGGACGAGCUUACUAA